GCUGCGUGAGAGUGUCCGCGUGCUGCUGAGGAGGCUCUGUAUGGAGCGGUUGGACCCGCGGAGGUCGCGCUGUACCGGGGCUCUGCCUCUGCGCCCGGGCCCAUUGUAGUGGACAUCCCGUUCCUUGGAUGUGUGUGCGGCGAACCAUGCUGCGGCUGCUCGCUGCGUCUCUGGCGCUGCUGCUGCUGGACUUCGGAGCGGCCGUUACUUUCCAGGGCUUUUACCUGCCACCUGUCAACGGCUCCGCGCUUGCGCCUGCGCGCAGGACGGACGGCAUCGUGCGGACCGUUGACCGGAUCUAUCACGGCGGCGGCAAAGCGGGAUACCUGCUGUACCUGGACGGUGCGCGCUUCCAGCUGGACAUGGAGCGGGACGAGCUGCUGCUGUCGCCGCGCUUCAGUCCUCAGUACGUGCUGGCGGCGGUGGGCGACCGCACCGCGUCUGUACCGCGCGAGUGUGUUUACCGUGGGACCGUGGACUCCAAUCCGGAGUCUCUGGCGGUGUUUAACCUCUGUGGAGGAGGGCUCGAGGGAUUCUUUGCCGUGGAGCACGCGCGCUAUUCCAUCACUCCUAUUGUACGAGCCAGAGGACACGAGCACGACGUGCGCGCGCUGCAGGACAGGGACGCGGAGACCGCGCUACAUGUGUUCAUGCGCGAGAGCUUCAGCUUUGAAGCCGCGCGGGACGCCCGGGAAAGUUGCGGUACACGGGAUUCGCGCAGAAGACGGAGGCACGCGGCAGGGCGAAAGGAACGGCAGAAGCGGCGGAGGAAGACCAGGCGCGUUGGGCGCGCGGAAGACAGUCCUGACGCGCGGACGAGAUGGAGCAGUUUUAUUUCGCCGGUCCUCGGUGCGCGCCGCAGACGCUCCGUGUCCAAAGCGCGGCACGUGGAGCUGCUGCUGGUCGCGGACGACACCAUGAUGAAAAAGUACGGGAAGGAUCUGAACCACUACCUGCUCACUCUCGCGUCCAUCGCGUCCAAACUGUACGGCCACGCGAGCAUCGAGAACCCCAUCCGGCUGAACGUGGUCAAGGUGAUGACGCUGACUGAGAAGGAGCGCGCGCUGGACGUCAGCAAGAACGCGGCCGCGACGCUCAAGAGCUUCUGCAAAUGGCAGCACCAACAGAAUCCUCUGGACGACGAGCACCAACAGCACCACGACGCCGCCAUCCUCUUCACCAGGCAGGACCUGUGUGGUCAUCACUCCUGUGACACUCUGGGCAUGGCGGAUGUGGGCACCAUUUGCUCUCCCGAGAGGAGCUGUGCUGUGAUCGAGGACGACGGACUCCAUGCUGCCUUCACUGUCGCACAUGAAAUUGGUCACCUUUUGGGUCUGUCUCAUGAUGACUCUAAGUUCUGUGAGGAGCGUUUUGGAGUGAACAGUGAUAAGAGACUCAUGUCAUCCAUUUUGACCUCCAUCGACGCCUCCAAACCGUGGAGCAAGUGCACCUCGGCCACCAUCACAGACUUCUUUGACGACGGAAAUGCUGAGUGCCUGUUGGACACCCCUCACCUCCCUCUCUUGGGCCCAGAGGAGCUCCCUGGUCAGUCAUAUGAUGCAAUUCGUCAAUGCCGCCUGGCGUUCGGGCCAGAGUACACUGUGUGCCCGGGCAUGGACGUGUGUGCCCGGCUCUGGUGCGCAGUCAUUCGCCAGGGCCAGAUGGUGUGUCUGACCAAGAAACUGCCCGCUGUGGAAGGCACCCCAUGUGGCAAAGGCCGGAUCUGCCUCCAGGGCAAAUGUGUAGACAAGACGCGCAAGAAGCACUACUCGACAUCUAACCAUGGGGGAUGGAGUUCGUGGGGGCCGUGGGGGUCCUGCUCUCGGUCGUGUGGAGGAGGAGUGCAGUUCGCGCAAAGACUCUGCAACAACCCGCCCCCUAGGAACAACGGGCGGUACUGCACAGGCAAGAGGGCAGUGUACAGGUCCUGCAGUGGCACACCAUGUCCACACACUGAGAAGAGCUUCCGAGAGGAGCAGUGUGAGGUGCGUAACGGCCCACAGACAGACCCUAAAGGAGUGAAGACGUUUGUGGAGUGGGUGCCUAAGUAUGCCGGGGUACUGCCCAAAGACAUGUGCAAACUUACCUGCAGAGCCAAGGGCACUGGAUACUACGUGGUCUUCUCUCCGCGGGUCGUAGAUGGUACAGAGUGUCGUCCCUUCAGUAGCUCUGUAUGUGUUAAAGGCAAGUGUGUGAGGACGGGCUGUGACGGCAUCAUUGGCUCUAGGCUCCAGUUCGACAAGUGUGGAAUAUGUGGAGGAGACAGCACCACCUGUGUGAAGGUCAUGGGCAACUUCACCAAAAAGAGUAAGGGCUACACCGACGUGGUUAAGAUUCCCGCUGGCUCCACGCACAUUAAGGUUCGACAGCACAAAGCUAAAGACCAGACCAGGUACUCGGCUUACCUGGCCGUACGGAGACCCAACGCGGACUACCUCCUCAAUGGAAAAUUCAUGAUCUCCACUUCUGAAACCAUCAUUCCCGUCAACGGAUCUGUUCUGAACUACAGCGGGUGGAGCCAGCGUGACGAGUGGUUACACAGCAUGGGACCAGGCGCUAUCCAGGAACCAAUCGUCAUUCAGAUAUUAGCAACAGAUGCUAAAAAACAACUGGAUGUACGCUACAGCUUUUACAUGCCUAAACGGACCACUCCUGCUGCCAAAACUACUACAACUACUACCACUACUACUACUACUACUACUACUACUACUACUACUACAACUACUACGCAAACUAUAGUAACCAUACCGCCAAAUAUACACGUUCCUACUGCACGUUCAGGGCCGCAGUGGGUGACAGGAAGUUGGAUGACUUGUUCCAGGACUUGUGAUACCGGUUGGCAAAGCAGAACAGUGCAAUGCAAAGAUCCAGAGGGGAAGCUAUCCAAAGGUUGUAUGCUCGGAGCUCGACCCUCCGCGUUCAGACACUGCCUCGUCAAGAAAUGUUAAAAAAUAUAUGAGAUUAAAGAUGUUUUUUCAUUCUCCCUAAAGCGAGAGGUCACAAAUAGUGCUGGAGUUAAGGACCAAUGUGAUAACAGUGAUAUCUGAUUUGGGUUUUUUGGGGCUAUGGUUGUCAAAGCGGAAAUUUGAAAAGUGCAUAUGACAGGUUUUUGUGUUUUUCUAAUUGUGACUUGGUUUGGUGGAUAGUAUCAGUGCUAAAUAUUUAUCAGAGUUUUACAUCAAUUAAGUGGCAGUUUGUGGGGA